AUGACGAGAGAGAAAAGAGAUGAGUCGGCGCCACCAUUGCCAUUCCUUCCCUGUGAUCUCAUAUUGAACAUACUCUCAUGGUUACCCGUCAAGUCUAUCUUACGAUUCAAGUGUGUGUGCAAGUCAUGGCUCACUUUGUUCACCAACCCUGACUUUGUGAAGAAACAUCUGAGUCAAUCCCAAAACCACAAACUCAUUGUUUCAUGUGAGUUUGACAAUUUUUUUUCUGUAACAUGUGAGAAUCAUGAUCCAAGACCCAUUCGCAAUAUUAAUUCUGAAAUCAGGGGUUUAAAAGUCAACAUCUUAGGUUCCUGUGAUGGCUUGGUAUUAAAUGGAACUGGUGCUGAUGCUGGUGCUGGUGCUGGUGCUUCCAAUAGGCUUUACUUGCUGAAUCCUACAACUGAAAAAUUCAAUAGAUUACCAGUUUUACCCUCGCCAAUUGAACAACUUACAGCCUCAUAUGGAUUUGGUUAUGAUGCGUCUAUUGAUGAUUACAAAGUGGUGGCAAUCUCGUCGUCCCUCAUUGGAGUCUCUUAUUUUGAGACUAUAACGAGUGUAUAUACACUAAAAACAAAUUCUUGGAGAAGGAUUCAAGUCGAAACUCUUGAGGUUGUUUUGCCUAUUGGGGGUUCAGCUGGUAUACUUCUACAUGGAGUUCUUCAUUGGUUAAGACCACAUUGGAGCAAUAUCGUUUGUUUUGAUUUAGUUCAGGAGAAAUUUCAAUACAUGCCUUUACCAGCUGAUCUUCAAAUAAAUCCGUCAUCCAGUGGAUUGACGUGUGGAGUUCUCAGAGGAUGUCUUUGUAUUAGUUUCAUAAUUCAGGAUCAAACUAAUACAAAGUUUUCCGGAGAGUUUUGGGUAAUGAAGGAAUAUGGCAAGAGAGAGUCUUGGACUAAUAUUUGGUCUACCCCAGCAUUUGAUAGCAUAAAGUCACUGAAUUUCUCGAACAGUGAUAAAGAAGAUCUAUUUUUAGUUAACAAAAAGUGGUUGGAUGGGUACAAUGUAGAAAAAAAUUCAUUGCGCAGGUAUCCAGCGAACUAUAGCAUGGUUUCUCCAAAGUGUGAAGCAGAGAUUUACCUGGAGAGCAUGGUUUCUCCAUAA